UACCGGGCCAGCCGCUUGGCUCUUCUGUGCAGAAGAACCUGCUCCUCAGUCCUACCUGCUCCUCGGUCCUACCUGUUCCUCAGUACAGCAGUGUCCUGCUUUCAAUGUCCGUCUUCUCUCCCUGGCGCUGGCAUCUUCAGUGUGGGCAUCCGGCUGUGAAGCCGCAAGCUGUCACAGCCAGGUGCCCACUGCGCAUGCGCUAGAAGCACUGCGCUUUGUGAAUGGCCACCUGUAGUCUUCUUGGACCUGUCACAUGUCUGCAGUCUCUGGUCAUCUCCUGUACCAUGCCUGCAGUCUCAGGUCAUCUUCUGUACCAUGUCAGCAGUCUCUGGUCAUCUCCUGUACCAUGUUCACAGUCUCUGGUCAUCUCCUGUACCAUGUCCGCAGUCUCUGGUCAUCUCCUGUACUAUGUUUGCAGUCUCUGGUUAUCUCCUGUACUAUGUCCACAGUCUCUGAUCAUCUCCUGUGCCAUGUCCAUAGUCUCUGGUCAUCUCCUGUACCAUGUCCGCAGUCUCUGGCCAUCUCCUAUA